AUGGACUUUGCACGUGGCUCGCGACGAGCCCGCCAUGUAGCCGCCAAUGCCAAUGCCAGUGCCAAUGUCAAUGCCAAUGCGAAUGCCAAUUCGACGGCCGCAGCGAAUUCGAAUUCCAAUGCAGCCGCCACGAGCGCUGUACACGAUACCCUGUCGCCCCCUGGAGCUGGACGACCCGUGGGCGCUGCGGCCUUGGUGACGCCCGAUGCCCCUCCCCCGCUUCAUCGGACGCCCGAUCAGCCCGUUGAGCAGCCCCGACGCGCACCACCUCCGAACCCGUUUCGCUUGUAUCGCAGUAAGUAG